ACGAAGAGAACUGGCGCUCACUGGACACAAUGCCGACUCGUUGUUUGUGUUGUGUUUUGACAGUCAACUGCCCCCCGCACCAGUACAGUUCCACGACAUGAAACUGGCCGCCAGUCUGUGCAUGCAUGGUGGGGGAACAGGUACAACGGGGGGCAACGCUGGUACGACAAACCCAUUCAGGUACCCACCCGUACAGUUUAUAAUUGGUGAUGAGGGGCACGUUGGUCUAACCUAUGAACACAGUCCGGCAGAAGGAGUGGCCAUAGCUCGUAUGAUGGAUCACAUAGUCGAUUACAUAUCAGCCAAUGAAAAAGAUAGUGGAGCCGGCGGGGAUUGUUCAGAAUCUGAUUGUCAAAUACAAGAAUUGGAGUUCUGCUUAUCGAAAGAAGUCGAGCAACGUAUCAAAAAAGCUGCUUCCAAUCUUGACGAAUUAGUGGGAGAUAUUGAAACGGCCUGUUUCAAGUUUGAUGCUUUCGGCAAGGACUUCAUCAAAACUUUAAAGUUGAGUCCUGACAGUUUUCUGCAGAUGGCUAUGCAGUACGCUUUCUAUAG